AUGGAAGCAGCAACAUUAAACAAGUUAACAUUAAUACAACCACAGCAUAAUUUGAUUUUAUAUAAUUCAGAAAUUAGCCCGCAGGUAAAAAAAGACCGCCGCGAGUAUUUUAAUAUGUAUAAUAAGCGACCGGAAAUUAAAGAAAAAAGGAAGUUAGCCCGAUUAGCCAGAGAAGGAGAAAAAAUGAAGCAAGAAAGAGAAACCAAAGCCAAAUAUUACCAAGCCGAAAAUAUUCAGGUAUUAAUUACUCUUAAAGAUGAGGGAGUUUAUGACAUGGUUAAUAUUAUGAAAUUAGCCCAAGCAGGGAAAAAGCCAGAAUUGAGAAUAAUUACAUUGACGAAGUGGAAAGAUUGGAAAGAAAAGGCGAUGGAACAAAAACAAAUUCGAUCCGAAGUAGAAGUAGAAAGAGAAAAAAUUAUUGAUGAUUAUGAGGCCGAGCAGAAAAAAAACGUAAAAGCGGAUUGUUAUAAUUGUGGUGAAUAUAAAAAAGCAAUGGAAAAGAAAUUAAAUAAGAAAGUAGUUAGUAAUAUGGAAAUAGAAAGAGUUAAAAAAGCAGAAAACAAGUUGAAAGAAUUAUACUAUGAAUAUGAUAAAGCCGCCGAAGAAAGUGAUGGCGACUUAGAUUGA